GCUUUGCAGGAGGUGUAUAGAUUGCACGCGUCGCUUCGUAGGCUCCUUCCUCCUGGCUAUUCGACUUCGCUGCUUCUACGUCUGUCCCCCCUGUCCGAUCGGAAAUUACGACAUUUUGAUCGGAAGCAAGAACAGGAGCUCGCUAGCUGUGAAGGAUUUGAACUAAAUAAUGCCAAAAUCCGACAAUUAUCCUUAUUCAAAGGAGAGGCAUUCUGUUGUAAUUGGAACAUUCAGAAGCAUUUCAAGCUGUCAAUAUUGCCACAGUGCUGCUGUGAUGGCUGAUAAGAUACUUGGAAACAUACCUAAUGGCAUUGCAAAAAAUGAUCCUCCAAGGACUUUUGAAGUUGUUGUUGCUGCUACUAGGGAAAUGGGCAUAGGCAAAGAUGGUAAGUUGCCAUGGAAGCUUCCAUCUGAUCUCAAAUUUUUCAAGGAGCUCACGAUGAGUACAUCAGAUCCCACCAAAAAGAAUGCAGUGAUUAUGGGUCGGAGGACAUGGGAAAGUAUUCCUAUCGAGAAAAGACCUUUGCCAGGUCGUUUGAAUGUUGUAUUGACCCGUUCUGGAAGCCUUGAUAUUGCCACAGUGGAAAAUGUUGUUAUAUGCAGCAACAUGAGCUCUGCCUUAGAUCUGUUAGCUUCCUCCCCUUAUUGUUUCUCCACUGAGAAAGUGUUUGUGAUUGGUGGUGGCCACAUACUGAGGGAUGUGUUGAAUGCACCCGGAUGUGAUGCCAUCCAUCUCACAGACAUAGAAGCAAGUAUUGAAUGUGACACAUUCAUCCCAGCAGUUGAUGUUUCAGUGUUUCAGCCUUGGUUCUCAUCUUUUCCAUUGGUAGAGAAUAACAUUAGAUAUUCUUUUGUGACAUAUGUACGUGUUAGGAGUCAGUCAAGUCAAUCCCAGAUUCAGUAUGAUGGUCAAGCAACUGAUGGAGAUUCAUGCAAGGAUAAAUUUGAAAUCCAACAAUUCUCGUUUCUUCCUAAGAUGAUAUUUGAGCAGCAUGAGGAGUACACUUAUCUUAGGCUUGUGGAAGAUAUCAUAUCACAUGGUGCUACAAAGAGUGGUAGAAUGGGGAUAGAGACACUAUCAAAGUUCAGUUGUCAGAUGCGAUUCAAUUUGAGAAGAUCUUUUCCACUUCUUACUACCAAGAGAGUACUUUGGUCCGUUGUUGUUGAAGAAUUACUGUGGUUCGUAAGUGGUUCAACAAAUGCCAAGGUUCUUCAGUCAAGAGAACUAUGCCUAUGGGAUGGGAAUGCUUCAAGAGAUUUUCUUGACAGUGUUGGUCUAGCUCGUAGAGAAAAAGGUGACUCAGGACCUAUCUAUGGCUUUCAGUGGAGACACUUAGGCGCUGAAUAUAUUGACAUGCAUACGGAUUAUACUGGGAAAGGGUUUGACCAACUGUUAGAUGUCAUUGAUAAAAUAAAGAAAAAGCCAAAUGAUCGACGGAUUAUUCUAUCAGCCUGGAAUCCUUUUGAUCUCAAAGAAAUGUCUCGUCGACCUUGUCAGAUGUUUUCACAAUUCUAUGUGGAGAAUGGAGAACUUUCAUGUCAAAUCUACGAGAGCUCUGCUGAUAUGGGCCUUGCUGUGCCAUUCAACAUUGCUUCCUAUUCUCUUCUGAUAUAUAUUAUUGCGCAAGUUUGUGAUCUCGUACCUGGGGAUUUUACUUACACCAUUGGAGAUGCCCGUGUCUAUAAGACCCAUGUAAGGCCAUUACGAGAGCAGCUUCAAAGGCAACCUAAACCAUUUCCUAUUCUAAAGAUUAAUCCUGAGAAGAAGGAUAUUGAUUCUUUCAUUGCAGCCGAUUUCACUCUUGUUGGUUAUGAUCCUCAUCCCGAGAUGGAGAUGAAAAUGGCUGUGUAGAACCAACCCCUCUCAGUACCAAAAAAAAAAACAGAAUACAGAUGGAUGUUCAGUGAGUUAUCCUAUAGGGGAAGCAGCCAUAUUAAUUAAUAAUUAUGCUUCGCUGGGUGCUUCAUCGGCAUUUUCUAUACUAGACUAGUAGACUAGAUUAUCAUAUAAACGCACUUUUUUUUUUGUAUUUUAGGUCUUUCUUAGGAUAGUUUUUUAUUUUUUUUUAUGUUAUUUAUUGAAGGGAUGGGCGAGCCUUGGGUUUUUAUUUGGCUGAUUGCUAUAUAAACCUUGUUGAGGGAUUUUGAAAUUUUAAGAGAAUUUUGCUUUACCAGUUGGAUAUUUUGUUGUGAAA